GGGGUCGUCGCCCGCGCGCGAGCGGCCAGCUGAUGGGGAUCAUUCACCUUGGAAAAUCAGCCAUCAGCCGGCCGACGGGGAUCUUUUUCUUUGAAAAUUGCCUCUCUCGAAAAUCUCCUCCCGGUCCUCUAAUAACAACCUAAUGCUCCUAAGAAAUGAGGCGAUGCUCUAGCUACCAAGCCUACGAACGCAAUUCAGAGAAAAAGGAGGUCAAGAGUGUCACCUAUGGCGAUUCCAAGAUCAGAGAAAAUGGUGAGGAUGCUGGCACUAGAGUGAUUCUCUCGGGAUGGCGACAGAGUUGAGUUCUUCCAUGGUCGCUAUGGAUGCUCCGAUGAGUUCCUCCCUGGGUGCCAUGGGCCCUCUUCUCCGGAAGCUCGACUCACUACUGGCACCCGAGUACUACCGUCUACCACAUCCACUGAAGGUCGGAAUCGAGCUCCUCAAGGAAGAUUUGCAAGAUAUAAACGCCGAUCUCGUGGAGCAGUCAAUGGCUGAUUUCCCCAACAAGAUGGCGAAAUACUGGAUGGAUGAGGUGCGUGAACUUUCCUAUGAAAUCGAGGAUUGCGUCGACAAUAUGAUGGCGAGGCAUAACGGCGCCGGUACCAAGGUCAGAUCUGUCCACGGCCACAGAGUUCGUCGUGUAAAGAUUGCUCCUCUUCCAAAGACGAUGAAGCCUUGCACAAGGAUUUCCAAGAUCGCCCGAUUUAGGACCCUAGUGCGCGAGGCGAGUCAAAGGCAUGAAAGGUAUCAACUCGAUGGUUGUAUCCCGAGUUCUAGCUAUGCCUUCACUCAUCAACCUUGGAUUUCAACGCCCUGCCAUGGAUUGGCUUCCAACUACCUCGUUGGUAUCGACGACUCCAAGAUGAAGCUUAUCCAAUUGCUCACCAAUGAAGCGGAGCACGAGCUCAAAGUGGUUCCAAUUGUAGGACCUGCAGGGGUUGGCAAGACCACACUUGCUAAAGAACUAUACCGUGAUCUUGGAAGACACUAUGAGUGCCGGGCUUUUGUGAGGGUGUCAAGGAAACCUGACAUGAUCAAGCUUUUUCUGGGCUUGCUCUCUCAAGUCGAGAGGCGCCAACGACAUUCUGAUGUCUGCACGGUGCAAGGCCUCAUUGACAUUCUCAGGGAGCAUCUCCAAGAUAAGAGGUAUAUUAUUGUCAUUGAUGAUUUAUGGGAAACAUCAACAUGGGAUAUUUUUAAUGGUGCUUUUCCAGAGAGCAAUAACUGCAGCAGAAUAGUUGCAACAGUAGAAAAUGUGGAUGUAGCUUUGGAAUGCUGUGGCAAUCAAUUGGAUAAUAUAUUAAAAAUGAGACCUCUUGGCAUCCAGGACUCUGGAAAAUUGUUAUUCAAUAGAGGUUCCUGGUCUGAACCAUGUCUCGAUGUAUUUAUGAUGGCCUUCUCUUGGGUUUUUGAAAUUUGUGGUGGUUUGCCACUAUCACUCAUCACUGUAGCCAGUGUAUUAUCACGACAACCAUACAACUCAGAACUGUUGUACCAAGUACAGAAAUAUUUAUGCGCCAUUUGGAAUGUAAAUCCUAGUUUGGAAUAUAUGCAGAAAGAAAUACUAAACCUUACUUUCAUUAGUCUUCCUCAUCACCUGAAGACCUGUCUUCUGUAUCUUAGCGUUUACCCUGAGGGAUACACAAUUUGGAAGGUUGAUUUGGUGAAGCAAUGGAUAGCUGAAGGUUUUAUUAGUGCCACAGAAGGAAAAGACGCAUAUGAAGUUGCAGAUAGCUCUUUUUAUGAGCUUUUCAACAUGGGGAUGAUCCAAACUAUGCAAAUUAACCACAAGGAUAAGGUAUUAUCUUGCACAGUACACCACACUGUGCUUGAUCUUAUUACUCAGAAGGCCAAAGAACAAAAUUUUGUCACUACAGUUACUUACUCUCAGACCAUUACAGCUACCAAGGCCUAUCGACUAUCGUUACACUUCCCCAAAUUCAAACUUGCAAAGGAACCAGCAGGUGCAUUGUCAAAUGUUCGAUCAGUCGCAUUCUUUGGACUUCUUAAGUGCAUGCCUUCUAUUGGGGAAUUUAAGCUUCUCCGAGUUGUAAACCUUGAAUUUCGGGGAAAUCACGAUGAGCACAUAAGUUUCAACCUCUCUAGAAUUUCCCAAUUGCUUCAGCUGAGAUAUUUUAAGAUCUCAAGUGAUAAUACUGUAGAAUUACCAGGUCAGAUGCAAGGGCUACAGUUCCUGGAGACGCUUGAGAUAAAUGCAAGGAUAUCUGCUGUACCAUUGGAUAUUGUUCAUCUCCCAAGCUUGUUGCAUCUACGUCUUCGAGAUGAGAAAAUUCUACCUGAUGGGAUAGGAUGCAUCACAUCUCUACGCACACUAGAGUAUUUUGACCUGAGCAGUAACUCUGAAGACAGUGUACGGAGCCUUGGCGAGCUGACGAACCUCCAGGUUCUGCAUCUUGUGUGUUCUUCAGCAUCAUCUGAUGAACAUCUGACAAGAAACCUGGUAGCUCUGGCCUAUUCUCUUGGGAAACUUGGUAAUCUGAAAUAUCUGGCACUGACUCCUGGGACUUUAAGCACAGCCGUAUUGGUGGAUGGCUCAGGCAUUGCCGUCUUUCCUCCUGCCUUUCUUCAGAGACUUGAGUUGUUGCCGCCCAUUUGCAUCUUCUCCAGACUUCCGGUGUGGAUUGGGCAUCUCCGCAAACUCUGUAAUUUGAAAGUUGUUGUUAGAGAAUUACUGACGAAGGACAUUGACAUGCUCACCGGAUUGCCUGCUCUCACUAUUCUCUCAUUAUAUGUCCGGAAACCCACUGCAGAAGUUAUUGUAUUUAACCGUGCGGCAUUCCAAGUUCUGGAGUGUUUCAAAUUCCGGUGUGGUGUACUACGCCUUGUCUUUCAGGAAGAAGCAUUACCUAAUCUUCAGAUACUGAAGAUAGGAUUCAAUGCCCACCGAGGAGAGCACUUUGGCCAUAUGCUUACUGGAGUUGAACACCUGUUAAGCCUGAAAGUGAUCGAUGCACGAAUUGGGGAAAGUGCUGGUGCACAGGAUUCAGACAAGAGGGCUGCAGAAUCUGCACUCAAAAACUCCAUUAGCAAGCAUCUAAUGUCUCCUAGCUUCAAUCUACAAAUGGUCGAUUAUGUUGAUGAAGAGAUUCCAGAACUUACGGAUCCACCAGCAAGCUCCUCACAGGCCUUCAUGCCAGAUAGUGAAGUUAGUACAUCCGGAUUAAUCAGCCCAAGAAAGCGUAAAGAGGAUACUGAAUACUGUCAAUACCCAGGAUGUGUGAAAACAGCAAGAGGGGUUUCUGCGCAUUGUAUAUCCCAUGGUGCUGCAGAGGGGUUUCCCAUGGUGUUGCAGACUGAUGAACAAAUUGGGGCAGACGCUGGUGCAGGGGAAUCAGACAGACGGGCUGCAGGAUCUGUGUUCAAGGACACCAUUAGCAAGGAUCCAAGGUCUCUUAGCUUCAACAUUGAAAUGGAUGAUUGUGCUGAGAAAGAGAUUCCCGAAAUAGGCUCCGCACUUAGCCUGAUGUCAAGUAGUGAUCUUUGUCGUACACAUGGUGGUGCAAAGAGGUGUACUGUCUCUGGUUGCAGCAAGAGUGCUCGUGGUGGGACUGAUUUUUGCGUUGCUCAUGGUGGUGAUCCCCGCUGCAGUCAUGAAGGUUGUUCACGUGCCGCCCGUGGAAGGUGGUCUGACCUAUGCGUCAGGCAUGGACGUGGACAUCAUCGUUGUCAGUUUGGGGAAUGCACAGGUAGUGCGGAGGGAAGCUCGAUAUUCUGCAAGGCACAUGCUGGUGGGAAGAAGUGUGCUGUUUCCGGUUGCACCGACAGUAGUGCUACUAGAGGGUGGACAGACUACUGCGCUGCCCAUGGAGGCGGCAGGGGUUGCAAGUUUAUGAACUGCACAAGGAAUGCUGCAGGGCGGACAGACUACUGUGCUACCCAUGGAGACCUCAAUAGUAGAUGCAAGUUUGCGAGCUGCAUGAGAAGUGCGGAUUGCGGCACUGAUUUCUGCGCGGAACAUGCUAAACCUAAGCGCUGCACAUGGGGCGUGCUGGCGGUCAUUACUGGUGGCGAGUAUCAUCAGUGCGAUAGAUUAGUCGAGAGCGAGAAACAUCUCUGUGCAGCUCACGGUGCUGAAAUCCAAGGCCACUAUGGUUUUGGUGGUGGUGCAUCGGACCCUGUUUUAGGGCAUCAGUUUGCAUCAGAUGUCAGACCCGACGAGAUAGUAGACGCUGCCGAACCCAAGGGAGAUCAAGAAACCAAGACGACGAAGACGUUCAUCGAGGACGAAGCUUGUUGAAGGAGGAAACUUUUACACAUCAUCGUCCACCAGCGAUAAUGUGAACUUUUUUUUAUCCAUGGUGAAUUGGAGAUGGAGCGAUUCCCAUGCGGGGUCCAGGGAUCUACCUGCAAAGGUAAGCCAUGUUCGUGGAGCCAUGCGGGCUCGAGCUCUGGUCUUGGUGCGCUGCAUCUUCAA